AUGCUGCGCCCACACUCAAAUAACUUUAUUUACGAUGAAACCGACUUCAACACCAUGAAAUCCACUCUCAUCGCUCUGGAUCAAUGCGGAGCGGAUGGUUUCGUCUUUGGGGGUUUGAACAAGACAGACUCCAACGAUAACUCAAAGCCAUGGAUCGACAUUGAGAAAAACACAGAGUUGGUACGGCUCGCAGGAAAGAAGCCAUGUACCUUCCAUCGAGCUUUUGACUGUAUACCCGAGGAGCAUUGGGGUACGGCACUUACCGAUAUUGCGAAAUGCGGCUUUGCAUCCAUUCUUACAAGCGGCGGCCCAUCGGGAGACACAGCUGUUCAAUGUGUCGAUAAAUUGGCAUUGCUGUUUGAGAAACUUGAAUCUGUGAGGUCAUGUCUCCCUGAGGGAAUUCAGACUCCAGAGAUCAUCAUUGGAGGAGGUGUCAGGUCGAGCAACAUCCAGCUAUUGGCAGAAAUAGUGUCCCAUGCCGUUGUAUUUCAUUCAAGCGCUUUGACAACAGAUAUAGAGACUGUUGAUAUCGAUGAGGUGAAAAGAUUGAAGAAUCAUAUGGCUGGUCAACCAUUAUAA